AUGCAAGACGACAGGCAACCUGGACCCCCGACGGCUGGUCCCUAUGGGUCGCAGUUCAAGGUCGCCAUUCCACGCUUACCAGCCCGACGCGGCCCGCCACCCACAACACCCAAGUCGCGACAGAGGGAUAGAGUCCAAGUCACGCGCGCCUCAUCACCAUCUGACACUACUACACAAGAGAUCAAGUGUAGCGGCAGUCUCCCCCGCUGCAACUACUGCGAGAAGACAGAUAAGACAUGUGUUUACGAACGUCCCCGGAAAGAUCGCCUAGCAACUGCCAAAGACCGCAAUCAAGCCCUCGUGUCUGUGCUCAAGGACCUCAGUUUGCGCGUUAGCGACGACGACAAGCGCAGGAUUGAAGAUGCCCUCCAGGACUCAGAUGAUGAAGUCGGGUCUCCUGUGUCGAUAUCCUCUUCUUCACGAGCAUCCGCCGCUCAGCACUACCAACACCACUCGCGCAUGCAUCCCUUUGCCUCGUCCUCUAGCUAUGUGUCACUCGCAGCAGAAACAUCGCCCACAUCCGAUCAAUCGCCUCUUCCACGAUUGGACGGUAUUGUACCCGAAGAAUCUGGCGAUGAAGAAGGUGGCGAACAGCCUAAUGUAGUUGAAGCAGGCUUCCUGGGUCAGAUCUCCGAAGUACAAUGGCUGCAGAGCCUCCGGAGUAGAGUCCAGGCUGUCGAGACCGUUCUAUUUGGGCCAGGCUACUCGAUCGCGCCACUCUCUCAGCCACCUUCGCCGACUUUCGCUGCAUCCCCCGCGUCUAUCCCCGCAACUCCGCUUCAGCAAAUCUCCCUAACCAACUAUUACCUUGAUGACGAAGGCAUCAAACUCACAAACUGUGGGAACCCCUUUGAGCUCCCACCAGAACACACUGCAGCGCUUUUGUUCCAAUCUUAUACCCAGACCGUCCAGAGCUCCUUUCCUAUCCUCCCAGUCACGAUCGAACACCAACUGCACCAGUACUACACCUUGGUCCGAAGUGGUCAGGCCAUACACUGCCCGGAGAAGUGGUUCGCGCUUGUGAACCUUGUCUUUGCCAUAGGUGCCAAGUUCUCACACCUUACCCAGGCUGACUGGCGCGCUGACGAGUUGGAUCACGUCGUUUACUUAUCGCGCGCGUUUCAACUACUUAGCAUGAAUGACACAAUCGUCGUCAUGUCGGCUCCGGAUCUGCUCACUACGCAGGCAAGUUCUGCUGCGGGACUCUUUGCCAUUUACUACAUGACUGCUGGCCACGUCAAUCGGGCCUGGGUGAUGGUAGGCAUAGCGAUGCGAUCGGCCUUCUCGCUCGGACUGCACGUCCAGUACGAGGAUCAAUCUGUCUCAGCCCCCCGAAGGCAAAGUAUGGUCUGCACAUGGUGGAGUUUACACUCUCUGGAGAGCCUGCUCAGUUCGAUUACGGGCCGGCCGAGUAUCAUACCUAAUGAAAACAUCACAACGCCUCUUCCUGGUGUUGUCAUUGGCGACCAAACCCUACGCGCCGGCGUAGUCAGUUUCGAUUUCCUGGAUGCCGAUACCAAUCUGAACCUCUUGACUCAGCAAAUCAUUUCCAGUCUAUAUACCCAACGUAGAUCUGCGCCAUCCUGGGACUAUGUGCAGCAGAUGACCUGCUCAUUAGUUGGUGAUCUUGAUAAAUGGGCAGUCGACUACAUUCCCCAAGUCUACUCGGACGAAUCAAACUCGGCCCACGUUCAACAGCGCGAAGUGUUCUUGCUCAAAAUCCAAUACUACCGACUGAAGAUACUGAUUACCUGUCCAUCACUUCGUCGGGUCGAACGAUGUUUCGAGGCGGGAACCGACGACUUUAAUUCACUGGACCUAUCCGUGGCUGAGACGUGUGUGCAAGCGGCACGGGAUGUUGCCUCGCUCCUAGCAUCCGAGCCUGACAUAAAAAGCCUGUAUGAGAAAGGGCCAUGGUGGAUAAUUGUCCACAACAUCAUGCAAGCCCUUGCCGUCCUCAUGAUAGCAACAUCCUGCCCCGACCACUUUCGCGACUCCCUCCCCGCCUCCAUCCACGGCAUCGGCCAACUCGUCAGCUCGCUCCGCGGCAUGCGCGAAACGAAUAUGCUAGCCGCCCGCGCUUACCAAGUCGUCUAUUCGAUAGUUAAGACGUCGAAACCAUUUGUGUGGGCCGAUGUAGCUGACGCGUUUCCUGAUGAGGUUAUUAUGGUGUUGCAGCAGCCUGCAACGGGGAAGAUGGAUCCGCAGUACUUGCCAUGGCCUGGGAAUGAUGAAUUGAAUGAGGCGCUGUUCAGAUAUGAGAUGGAUGGGUUUGGGAACUAUCAUUUUCACAUGUUGUGA